AUUAUUUUUUAAUUUUAACAAUUUUCUGUUAAAGUUUUUAAACUUAUAAAGUUCAUGAAGUUCAUGUUAGUAUGACAAAAUCAUAAAUGGUGUAAUGACUUUUCAAGGAAUGGGGAGUAUUUUUCUUGAUGAAUUAGCUUUUCAGAAACUGUGGAUUGACAGAGAGACUGAAAAGAAUAAUGGAUGUAAAAAUUUAGAAAAAGAAAAAAAUGUAACUCUUCUCAGAAAUAAAAUCGAGGGAUGGGGAAGUCUUAUAGUUGGUAUAUUUUUUAUUUCUGGAAUAGCAGGUUUUGGUAGUUACCAUGCUCUUUAUAUGGAAAAUGGAGUUCCGAUCAAUGAUUCUGGGUAUUAUUCUCAAACACCUGAAAUGUUAAGUCUAUUUGAUCAAGUAUCACCUGUUGAUCUGUAUGACAAAGAGUUUUUGCCAGGCAAUAUUUUUCCUGAAUCUUACUUGUUGUAUGUGUAUCCUGAUAUUGUAAAAAAGAGAUAUCAAGGAAUGGUUAAAAUCUAUUUUAAAUGUGUUGCGCCAACAUCUACUGUUGUUUUUCACUCAUCCCAGCAUACAAUUUCUAAAAUUAAGUUGAUGGAUGUUAGCAACAUCGAAGUGAGAAUAAAAAAUAAAUAUAGGAAUAGAGACAAGCAGUAUGUUGUAUUGCAGCUUGAUAAAGCACUUGUUAAUGGUACAUAUUAUAAUCUUUUGGUUGGUUUUGAGAAUGAUCUCACUGAAAAUUCUGAUAGUGGGAUAUAUUUGACUAGAUAUUUUGAUGGGAGUCAAAAACCUCAUCAAAUGAUUUCUACAAUGUUUGAACCAAGAACUGCACGAAAAUCAUUUCCCUGCUUUGAUGAACCUAUAUAUAAAGCUCGGUUCAAGGUCAUUAUUCAGCAUGUCAAAGAUUAUUUUGCUCUAUCUAAUAUGCCUGCUGAAAAAAAGGUUAGCGUUGAUAAAAAUGUUGAAACUUUUUUUGAAACAUCUGUACCAAUGAGCUCCUACCUCGUUGUGUUUGCAAUUACAGAAUAUCAGUUUCGUGAGUUAGUUACCAGCAGCAAUACUAAGAUUCGUGCUUUUGCUCCUAUUGAGAGACUGGAUGAAACUGAACUUGCUUUGUCCAUUGCUCCACUGGCUUUAAAAUUUUACUCUGAGAAGUUCCAAAUUAACUACAGCUUGCCAAAACUAGAUUUAGUUCCUGUAACAGAAUUAACUGCAACCGCUGAUGAAAACUGGGGUAUGAUAGUUUUUCAAGAGAACAGUUUGCUAUAUAAAGAUGAAUCUGUUUUCAAUAUUGAAUUUACUACUAAGACCAUUAAUCACGAAGUUGCUCAUCAGUGGUUUGGUAACUUGGUUACUAUGAAAUCAUGGAACGAUUUGUGGUUAAAAGAAUCUUUUGCAACAUUUUUACAAUCACUUCCUACAUCAAAAUACUAUCCAACAUGGGAUGUUCAAAGCUCUAGCUAUAUUGAAAACUAUGUUUCAUCAUUCAAUACUGAUGCCAGCAGAUAUACUCAUGCCAUUUUACCAAACGCAACUGAUUUAUCAACACUAGAAUCAAUGUAUGAUGUCAUAACCUACAGUAAAGGAGCAUCAGUCUUAGCAAUGAUUAAACAUUUGAUUGGUGAGAAGAACUUUUUUGAAGGACUUAGGAAUUUCCUUUUGAAGUACCAGUAUUCAAAUGCAGGUUCUGAUGACUUUUUUAUGACCCUAAAUGAGUCACAAAGUAGCAUAGAUUUGGUGGAUUUCUCUAAGAAAUGGAUAACAACCGCAGGUUUUCCAUUAGUUACUGUGAUCCGCAAAGAAAAUCAGCUGUUAUUUAAUCAAAAGAAGUUUUUGUUGUAUGGAGUAGAAGAUGAAAACCCCACUUGGCCAAUUUCACUUUCAGUUCGGUUCUUUCUGAAUAAUGGUUCUAUAUCAAAUAGUAUUUUGUUACUUACAAGUAGGGAAGCAUUAAUUGAUGCUCCCGAUAAUAUCACAAUGUACAAAGUAAAUAUGGGAGCAUUUGGUUUUUACCAAGUCAACUACGACAAAAACAAUUGGUUAGCACUUCUUUCCCAGAUGAAAGAAAAACACACAAUUUUUUCUGUUAUUGAUCGUUCUAAUAUUCUCAACGAUGUAUUUCAUCUGUCCAAAUACAACUAUGUAAGCUUUCAACUGUCUCUCAUGUUUACUGAGUAUCUUAAAAAUGAAACACAUUAUGCACCGUGGUUUAUUGGACUCCAGUAUUUAAAACUACUGCAGGAUAUGCUGUUUGAUGAAGCAGAGAGCACAUGUCUUAAGAGUUAUAUUUUGGACCAAAUUGAGCCAGUAAUUAUGGAGCUUAAUUUAAAAAAAGAACACUCUCAUGUUGAAACGAAGCUGAUUUCCCUCUUGGUUUCAACUGCUGUUAUGUAUGAAUACAAGUCCUUAGCUGUAGAGUUAAACAAUUGGUUCUUGAGGUGGUUGAUAUCUGCUGAUGUAAAAAUUCCAAAAAACAUUUACUCCAGUGUUCUAUAUGUCGGAAUAAAGUAUGGUACUGUAGAGCAGUGGGAAAUUUUGUUUGAUCGCUAUUUAAAAUCUGUUUCUUACAAAGAUACUCAGUUGUAUCUUUCAGGCUUGGCUUCAACAGAUAACACUGAUCUUAUUCGGAGAUUAUUGUUAUACAGUUCAAAUGAUACAAUUGUUGCAAAAAACCAUAGACUUUUUUUGCUGAAGGCAUUAUGUAGUAACAGAAAUGGGCGAUAUUUUGUUCAGCAUCAUAUCAUAAAAGAAUGGGACAGGUUAUAUGAAAACAUGAAAGGUUUUGGUAAUUUAAAAUCUUUACUACAAGAUUGUUUUGGUAAUGGCAAGACAUAUUCUGAAUAUGGAUAUUUUUUAGAUUUCAUGAAGGAAAAGAAUUUGGGCCGAUUUAAGUUGGAAGGUUUGAAGAUUCUGGAUCAAAUAAAUAUAAAUAUUAAAAUGGUUAAUCGGAAGGACGAGAUAGCAUCAUGGCUAUAUACUGUACGACCGAUUUGCAAUCUUGACAAAAAAAAUCGAAUUGAAUACAAUUGAAUGCCAGAGUAAUUCUUUUUCAGACAUUAAAAUCGUUAUUGACUCCAUGUAAUCUAUACAUUUUACACGUCCUAAUAAGUAUUCAUGUCCCAUCGAAUGGAAGUCAAAAAGUUAUUUUAAGCUAAUCGAGAAUAUUCGAGCUAAUCGAGCUUUUUGGGUUCACAGUUCUAACUAACAUUUUUUUUAAAAACAAUUAAAUAUUACAAUCAAAACAUAAUGCAAUUUUUUUAAAGGUUUUUGUUUCAUUUUUAUAUAUAUUUCUUUUUAUACAAAAAUAUUUCAUAUUUUUAAAUGUAGUUAUAAAAUCCUUUGUUUUUUUACAUUAAAAAAAGCUUUAAAAUAAAA